CUUGCAUACAAUUGAACCCAUAACUUACUUCAGCUCUGCUUUGAUUUGUCGCAAUAACUUCAUCGCAACCCUGUUAUAUCUAAUUGAUCUGUUUCUUCCAUUUUCCGUAUCUAUAGUUCCCGUUAAUCAAUCCGCUCCCGGAGAAUCGAUCUAGUUAUCAUACGCGUUCCCUUCUGCGCAAGACCAAAAUGCCACCUGCUAUUAGCGACGACGAAGCCUCCAACGUUGGCGAAGUUACCGUUCCUCUACUUUCGACGCGCGGAAAGAAAGCUCGGGCUAGCCUAGAUGAUGACGAUCGCGAGAUGCGUGGUGUUGUGAAAGGCGAUGUCGCAAAAGACGAUGUCGCGAAUGGCGAUGGCGACGAUGGACAAGGAGAAGACGACGAAAACUUAGACGAGGAUGAGUAUAUCGUCGAGAAGAUCCUCGCUCAUGUCGUUGAACCCGAUGGCGCAUUGAAAUUUAAGGUCAAGUGGGAAGGUUGGGAGAAAAAAUCGGAUCAGACGUGGGAAAGUUACGAGAGCCUCAUCGAGAACGCCUCCGAUAUUGUAGAAGAGUACCUUAGUCGUUUCGGCGGACUAGAAAAGAUUCUAGAUGAAGGGAAAUCCGCACUAAAGACGAAAAAGCGCGGUCGACCUGCGUCAGGAACCCCAACUAAUGGCACAAAGCGGCGGCGCAACGAAAGUCAUCCUGCUUCAGAAACCCCUCCAGCUAGCAACCGAGCCUGGAAGCCUCCGGUAGGUUCCUGGGAAGAUGAGGUCGAAUCUAUCGAUGCUUGCCAUGAUGAAGUCCAGGGCAAGUUAGUUGUAUACCUUACCUGGAAGAAUGGAAACAAAACCCAACAUGAUACCAAAGUCGUAUACAAACGAUGCCCGCAAAAGAUGCUUCAGUUCUACGAGCAACACGUCAAAAUUGUUAUGGCAUCAUCAGAUGGCGCUGUCAAAGAGGAAUAACGCGUAUUUAUGAUACGAGCCGAGUAUACCAGUUAAGGGCUAGUCGGAAGACUGGAGUCUAACAGGAACUAGCAGGUGACAAAAAUAGCAAUACUGAAUAAGGGCUUGGAUGAUGCCUCAAUACUAACACAAAUACUGGAUUCUUAUAUGAAUUUCUAGUCUGUACAAUUGUAC